GUGACCGCGCCCACGCCCUGCUUGAAAGUCCAAUACAUUUAAUCCGCAAUCGUGACGCAAGUAAAUUUUGGAUGGCCAAUGCCACCGGGCAAGUGUGAUUGCCGUGUGUGCCAAAUUGAGAUGAGACGCUUCUGAUAAUAUGAUUAUGGCUAAACAGCCGAAUAGAGUGCUCAGUGCCCCCCACAAAGCGGAAUACCGCGAUGGUACCGUGAUACCACCUCCUUGGCGUCGAUCACUUCGAUUCUUUAGGGAUGGAGGAGCAAGAAGGAGGAAGAAAGCCAGUCUACGACGUCAUCUUAUGUCGUUUCGCUUUUCAUUUCGCAGCAGUCUCUCGCACACAAUGAAAAUCGAAUGGGAGGGAUGGGGGUGGAACUGGGAUUAGAAAACUCGAUAGGUGUCUUUCCCACACCAAGAGCCCAGACAAGAGUUGAGCGCGUGUCAAAACUUUUCGACACGAAGCAGCACGAAGCCGAACUGGAAUCUGGCAAAGUGCAGUCUAAAUAAAUAUAUACAUACACAUAUAAUAUAACGCUUUUGUAUGAAAAUAAAAGUUUGUCUAACCUUGAAUCUAACAACCAAGACAUUUUCGUUAGGUAUUAUACAUGUGUACUCUCAAAUGUACAAAAUAUCCUCGCAGAGCUUGUUUUUAGAUAUUCUGAGCAAGUAGACCAGUGGUGUCCGAUAGUCAUGCAUGAGCAAUGGCGUGGGAAUCCCAGCUGUAGAUGCUUGGAAUGUCUACAAUAACUUUCAAUGCCGUUUUCCGGUAUUUUGAGCUUUUAAGCUAGUAUUCAACUGGCAAAUCAACUACUUCAUUUCUGCCAAUCCUAAUCUUUUCAAACGGAAGGUAUAUUAAUUUCAGUUAGAAGGUUGUAACGCAGUGGUGGAGACAUUUGCGACCAUAUCAAGUAUAUCUAUUCGUGAUCAAUAUCGACAGCCAAGUCCAUAUGUAUUUAACAUUUUUUUGCAGGCUUUAAAUUAUUUCCUACAAUAUAGCUCAAGCUAUCGAAGUAUGUAUGUAUAUAUAUGUUGGUCGUCCGAGAAACGAGUGUCAAACUACAAGUGCUCUUCGGUUGGGUCAACAAACCGAGCGACUCGCUCUUCCAGCUCUUUGACGCAGUGUGCAUUUAGUCAUUGAUCGCGGGAAGGAGUCGCUUUGGAGUCGCCCAUGGCAUCGCCUCUGCCAUCUCCAUUGACAACGCCGCUUUUCUUUAUUGGUGUCAUUAAAAUUUGUUAAAUGGAAAGGUCAAUAGACACAGCGGUGAAACCGGUUUGGUUUGGCGGCUUAAUUUUCGGUGAACUCGACUGCAUAGAUUACGCACCAGCCACUUCAAUUGGCUGCCAAAUACCUUUUGUUUACUUCGGCUGUUAUGUCUUCACUUGCAGUAUGUAUAUUUGCUGGCAACCCACCAACAGAAAAAAACUUGGCCCAAAAGCGGCGACUGUUUCUUUUCUCUUUAUACUUGGCUGACGCUCACCUUGGUGGCCAGAGUUCAGGGCCAAUGUCGUUCUCAGUCAGUUAGAGUGGGAGUUGAUACAAUUAUCUUGGAGCCAAGCUACCCGAACAUCUUACUAGAUGUUACAUACUAAUAGCAACAACGCUUAUAACUGGUAAAUAGGUUUUUUAGUUCAACUAUCACUCGUGUUUGCUUUAAUUUUAUAGUUGCAACAGUCACAAAACUCUCAUCGAAUUUGGGGCUACCGCUUGAAAAUGUUGCUAUCUGUUAGAGAGUGCGUCUAAAUUCAUUUGUAGAUCAAUAAGUGAAUGAAUUCCCACAUGUUAAGAUUAAGCUUGUUUAUUGCUCGUCAAUAAAAUGCCGUUCCACUGGUCUGCGCCUGCAUACAUUUAAAUGUGUUUAUAUGGUCGGCAACCACAGCACAGUUGGUGACGGUGGUCGUGCAAGUGCUAGGAGAAAUCGGACGGGUGUUUCCCGGCAUUGCAUACGUAACUUGAGGAUUUUUCUUGCUGCUCCACUUCUGCGUAUUGUCUCCCCCAGUGCACUAGGUGCAAACAUCGAGUCUUUCGUGGGUUCAUUUCUGUGUACUUCCAGUUUUUAUGGUCGACUGCGGAAUCGCACGAAUGAAAAACCUCGUUUAACAAUACUUAACUCUCCGCAUUGUUUCUAUUUCAGAAGCAACAUGAGCGUUUUGCGGGAGGAAACUACUACCUCAAGCCAGAGGGAGAUAAGCACAAACGGCGGUGGCUUGGAUUCCCCCGCAGAAGUGACGUCGCUGAUUGCUGGCAACAGCUUUUGCUUAACGCCAGGAAAUAACGGCGGGAUCGGUCUCCAGAAGAAGGCCACCACUGGAGCGGGACUGAACAGUACACAGAGAGCUACGGAUGCCACCAAGCGGAAGAAACUAAGGUCGCGUAACGUACCACCUUCUCCAUUGGCACAAAAAACUGAAGCAGCGGCAACCUCUCUUAACCAAACGAACAUCGGUGAGGCCAAGAGAACCGAACUUAACUAUUCCGAGGAUCACCUUGAUGCCUGGUUGGAGAACUGUUUACGUGAUGCCACCAACGCCCAAUUGUCUUCUUCAUCUGAGUUUUUGGACUUCAUACCGCCCACGGCACCAGCUCACAAGCAAAUGUUUUUGACUCAACAGCAGCAGCUGCCGCAGCUUAAACAGCAACUACAGCAGCAGAGGCAACAGGAGUUUUCGAAGCGAACCCAGCCGUACGGAGUCGGCCCAGGCACGCCGUUUAGCCUGGGGAUACAGCGCAAUUCGAGCUCUCUUAGCCAUCGAUAUCCGAUGCUCUUCCCACCACAGAGCCUGAGCAGCUAUGGAAUGUCCUUCGGGGGCGAUGGUGGCCAGGAGUUUGCUAGCUUGCCUCCCCUGAACAACAUGAUGGGAGGGCCGGAAGGGCUUGGGUGCGAGCACGAACCGAAUUCGACGGAUGUGCUGGAUGGCAGCGGAAGCAAUCCAAACUUUAGCAAGGGAUUUCGGUUCAGCGAUCCGUGCCUACUGAACCCCUCCGAUAAUGACUCCAAGCUGAGUGGCCAGAAUACACCAGAGUGUCGAAAUGUGAACAACAAUGGCAGUGGCUGUGAUCUGGCACAUCAAAACAAAUUUUUCGCGGCUCUAAUGGAACAAAUAAACAUAUUGCACGACACCAAUUCCAAGAUCUGCCGGAAUUUGCAUGAUACGAAAGUUGAUAUCGAAGCUUUAAAGCACGCCCCUAACAGCCAGCCCUGGGCAGGUGCUGGCUUUGGGGGCAUGCGGCACCGUAGAGAUAGCUUAAGCGGACUAAGCACACAAAGUCAACCUCUUAUUCUUGGCAGUGGAUUGGGAGGGACACACAGCCCAGCGCCCACAUUUCACUCAGGCGCCUAUACUCCAGGAAUGAUGACGGAUGUCGUGCGGGAAGUGAAGGAGGCAGCGCGCAUACGCGAAGAUGCACUGCUAAGUCGAGUCAAAUUAAUGGUUGAAGAACGUCAGUGUUUCUUAAACGAGGGAAAUGUCCGAAUUCUGAGAGAUAUAGACGAUCUAAAGACCCAAGUAAUGCAGUUGCGACUGGAGAAGAAGGAGACUAACAAACGCCUCUCACACCUGGAAUCCGAAAACAAGUGCCUUCGUCAAGCUCUGGCCGGUUGUUAUAACAACCAGCGGCCAAUCAGUAACGACAUUAUAUACGAAAAUGACCGAUCCCAUGGAUUCCGAAAGCCAUUCCCGAAUGGCGCUGGCGGCGGCGUUGUGGGAUCCAGUGCGCUCGGAAUACGACGGGCAAAAUCUUUGAACCUGCAUUAUGGAACAAUGCAUCAAACGCCUAUCCAAACGACGCACUCUUUGGAAGAGGACGACGAAAUAGAAGAGGAGCAGCUGGAAGAGCAAGUCGGACUGGACGGAGGAGAAUUAUCCCUGACUGGCAACAACAGUUUAUCGUGUUCGAGCAUCGGGCUUCAAACUCCCUCCAACUUAACGCUUCACUCACAGAUACCGAAAUCAGAACAGCAAGCAGUUAGGAGCCCUCCCUCUUUUGCGCUGAUUUCUGACCAGAUCAAUCCGGGAAUUCCACCGCCAUUGCUACCGCGAAAGAAGGACCACGCUCAUCUAAAGCGGGAGCUCAGCGAGGCGGCCUCCGUACGUAAGGAGACAAAUCAACGUAUAAUUGCCCUUGAGAAAUUGGUUGAAGACCUAAGUGACCAGGUGAGCGGUAAGACAAAGAGGAGCCCGACCGUAUCAGGCACUGCAUCUGACAUAGCGCUAGCAUCGAAAUUCAGCGUGGCGGACGCUCCGAUUACGGACUUAUAGUUUUAGCUAUCAGCCGUCUCAAAAGCAAAAGGGCUGCGACAACAUAAAAUGCGUGUCACUCACUUAUAGCAUUCGGAUGGACGGAAAUUAUCACAUCAACGACACUUCAUCUUAUGUUUCAAAAUUUAUUAUAACUCAAUAACCUGUGCGUAAGCUCUAAUUUAUUAACUAGAAUGCUUCUACCACGUGUCAACUGUAAUUUAAAAUGUUAAAAUGCAUUGUUUUUUUGUCUACUUAAAAUAAGAUGUCACUAAAUUUUUAAAUGAAUAUGGUUCAUAAAUCAUUUUAUUCAUUUUGAUUUAAUUGAGAUGCAUUGCGGUUGAUUAACUAAGAAAACAUGUACCUUCGAAAUGAACAAAAAUCAAAAUCUAUAUAGAAGCAAAAAUGUUAGAAUUUAGAUAAUGGAUAAGUUGUCCAGUAAUGUAAAUUGUUAACCAUAUUUGUUAAGUGCCAUUUAACUAAACAGAAAAUGUAAUGUAUUUAUGUAAAUAGACAUAAACA